ACUAUUUUAAUUUCUGUGGUUUAAGUUAAACAUCGUAAGUGCUAUCAUGAGAGUUGUAGUUAAUGUCGAUUAAAAGUUUGUUUCGAACGUACUUUGCACAGUGGACACACGUCGAUCUUCUUUAUUACUAUCGCUAAUUAUUUAUAAAGAGAAAUCUUCCUCUCGUGAGACAAAUAGAAAUGAAGACAGCGCCAGAUCCAAUAUAUGUGCAGGAAUUCCUUUUUAAAGAGUCAAGUACAUCUCAGAUAUGUGAUGGUUUCUCACAAAUACCUGCUGCUUGUAGCCUUCUUGUGGCGGACAAAAAACGAGGAUUGCUUUAUAUAGGACAUAAUGACAAAAUUUCUGUACUGAAGCCAACAAAAGAGAACAGUGCAGAAUGGAAGACAGAACUUCAAUUGCCAGGCAUUAUAUCAAAAAUUGCAAUUAAUUGUGAUUAUAGAUAUAUUGCUAUAGCCAUAGCAAUGAAGCCUACAAUAUUGAUAUAUGCUGCCUAUUCUCUAAUUAGAAAUAGCCUUUAUCUGUUACACGAAAUAGGAUCAAACAAAAUAGACAGUUAUGUAACAGAUAUACGAUGGAAUCCUACUGUACCUAUGAUGCUCUGUACUGUCACUAGUGACUAUACUAUUGGCAGUUUUCUGUUAAAAGAAGAGAUAAGGGAAAAGUCUGUGCCGAAAUUAGUUUUACAAUCGAAGGUAUCGAACGAGUUACAGGUUUUAUGUGCAGCCUGGAGUCCCAAAGGCAAACAAAUAGCCGUAGGUUGCAAGAACGGAGACAUCAUCCAACUGAAACCAGAUCUGAAGAUUGCUAGGACUAUUACAGGCCCCUUACCAUCCAUCGGUGAGGUGAUCAGUAUCUUAUGGAUUAGUAAUUAUCAGUUCUGCGCGGCAUAUCUGAGCAACGAACGACAUAUUAAUGUUCUUAUCGUCGACGCACCAAAGGGAGAAACAAACGCCAUGUUCACAUGCUAUGAAGAUAUCACAUAUGGAUUUCCUGAUACUGAUGGAGAGGAGAACGUUUAUCGUUAUUAUUUCGAGCAUGUGCCGGAAUGGGGAAUUAUCAUAACAGGUAGCAGCAGCAGCAGCGAAAUAGCUGUGUUGGGCACGACUGACGGGGGCGUGAAUUGGAAUCAGUGGCAAUUAGUCGAUAAUGGUAGGGCUCAACUGCCUUUGAUGAGGACUACGGAGAUUUUUCCCAUGGGUCUAGCUGUGGACAAGUCUUCGACCGACAGGUUAGCAUGGGGCACAGAUGCGACAUUGCCGAACCCGGUUCCGAUUUUACAUAUCCUUGGAACGUCUGGAAAAUUAUGCAGUUUUCAUAUGGUUAAUUUAACGCCCAACUGUCCUGUCAUCACUUCACCUCCCACGGAAAUUGUCGCUAUUCCGCAGGCUCCGCCACAGCCUCCUAGUGCUUUACCCGCGGAGAUGUCAUUCAAUAUGAACACUGUGGUGACCAGCACGCCGCGGCCAAAGCAACUAGAGGCCGUGCCGGAACGUACGAAGGUCGCUCCGAUAACGAAUAUAUUCGGCGAUUCUCUGAAAGCGGCAGGAUUCUUUCAACAAUCUCCUGAACAACCAGCGGAACAGCCGAAAUCACCAGAAGAAAAAGCUAUCGCGCCUAUAACCGCAGCCACCAAACCGAUUAUAGCGAAAGAAACACCAGCGCUUGAACCUACGAAGACAGAGACCAGGUUAAUAGCACAGGACAAGGAAGUAAGCUCACCGCAAAUAGUGGAACAGAGAGCGUCCAUCGACGACAGUGUGCGGAUGCGAGCCUACCUGCAAGAGAUAGCCUUGUUCGAGAAAGAAUGGCGAAGCAAGUUGGAGUCGCAAGUGUGGGAAUGCGGCACGGACGAAGAGAAGAGACGGCUCGGGGAAACAUCCGCCGUCGUGGAACAGUUUAUAAAAGAUUUGAAGGAUACAACUAGCAGUUUGUCUAGCGAUGUGGCGUACCUGAAGACUUUGUUAUUGCAAUCGUUCGCGUGGAUUGAAGAGACCAAGUCGAAGAAUGCAAGCAGCACGGACAUAAGCAAUAGAAACUGCGGCGAAAACAGCAGAAUAGCGGAUCUACAACGGGCGUUCUACUAUGCACAGACCCAGCUUAAUCAAGUCAGUAAAAUCUUGGAUUUGGAAUGGUCGGAACAUAAGACGGAGAUAACGAAGAUGAAGAUACCCAGCUUGGAAUUCAUCUAUCAGAAUCUCUUACUGCACAGCGAGAUUAUCGCCAAGGAGAAAGAGAAACUCGAACAAAUCUUGCGGAGGUGGAAGUCCCUCAGCCGCUCGUCAGGGUGCACGACCAAGGAUGUAUCCAGCCUCAACCAUUCGAUGACGAGCCUGCACAUAAGCUUGCCGAGAACGCCGGUGUCGACUAUUCAAGGAAGAACUGAUGCGAUAGACGCCCAUUGCCAAAGUAUCGCUUUGAAGACUCUGAAUUUCACGUACGAGAAGCAGAUGAAGCUGAAAGCGUUGCUCACCAGUUCUAGUCCGAGGGUCAUCAAGUCAAUGAAUCCGUCACCGAUCCAAGACCGCUUGAAGGCCACGUUGUCUUCUUUGGCAUCCGUCAGUUCCGUGACGCCUCCUGAAACUAAAAGUAAGAUCGAGCCACCGAUCGUGAGCAAACCAAGUAUCGUGAAUAAGCAGAUAGUCGAGAAAGCUAAAACGCAAAGUAAUCCAUUGGCUUCAUUGAACAGCAUCGUCGCAAGGAUUGGCACGUCCGACACGAACGGCGUCAUUAUGCAGACCAAGACGCAACAAAAGCCGGCUCCCGCGACCGUCCCUUUUCCCACUGCGAUCUCCGUCAAGCAGACGGAGAAGAAGCCUAUCAUACCAACGGUUCCCACGAUGAGCCAACCCAAGCCCAAACAAGACCUCAAUGUUAACUUCCCGUCUAUCACUUUCGGCACACCUGCGCCCAAAUCUCAAGAUAUUCUCUUCUCGAAGCCCUCUACCAUGGACAUAACUGCCAGAAGCAGCAAAGAUGCAACAGUGUCGUCGAGCAACGAUAUCGCCGCUCCGAAAGCGCCGGAAUCCGCUCUAUUCUCGACUGGUCUGCUGAAGGACGUACUGUCGUCGGAGUAUUCGUUAACAAAGUCCGAAGGAGUCGCCCGUAGCCUGCCAUCAUUAUCCGUAACGCCGGCUGUGAGAACGGAUGCGGCUGCCACGUUCAGUUUCGCCACGCCUAACGCAGUCUCGUCCGUCGCGAAAUCGUCCUCUGCCACUCCGCUCGACGCGAUGAUGUCCUUCACUUACUCAAAGCCCUCUUAUACCCCUACUGUAGAAUCACCCGUUACGGCGGUGCAGCAAUUGCCGAUGCAGCCGACGAUACAAUUGAUGCAGCAGACGAUACAACCGACGCCGAUAGAAUUAGCAGCGUUAUCCUUAGGAACAUCAAGUUCGUUGAGUCUCCAACAGACGAGUCUCCCAAGCGUUGGCGCUGAUGGGAAAAUAAAUACGAUCGCGAGCACCAUGAGUUUUGCUACGCCGGCCGUUGCUACGACGCAGUCUUUCGCAACGAGCACCGUUACCCCGUCCGAUGUGACUAUCGGUGGACUCACCAUCAGUCUCGCAAGCACGAAUGCCACUUUGAAGCCGAUGGAGACACCAGUGUCCGACUCGGUCACUAUCCAAGCGGUCCAAGCGACGCCCGAAGUGAAAUCGCCCGCUUUCGGCGCCGCGGCUGCUCAGACCGCAACCUCGUUAUCUGCUGCAUCGAUAUUCGCCGGUCAGACUAUGAUGAAGAACAUGACUCCGAUCGCAGAGGCGUCGACGACACCGUCCGCUACCACUACCUUCGGCACGGCUACUUUCCCGUCGAUCGCACCUACCUUCGGCACGUCGACUUCGGCGUCGACUUCGUCGGUAUUUAGCGGAUUCCCGAACAUGCCCACCGGAGGAGCUACCACCAGCUCUUCCGUGACGACUUCCGUGAACACACAGAGCAGCGGUGUGUCUCCUUUUCAGAGCUCUUUAAGCAAACCGAUCUUUGGUGAACCCGCCACCAGUACGCCUGCUACGAAUUUUGGAAUCACUGUCAGCAACACUUCAGCAGCCAAGUCGCCGAUCUCGUUCGGUAUCUCGACGACGACGAUGCCGGCUACAGUGACGGCGGCCUCCUCGAUUACGCCCGCCUUCAGUAAAAGUCCGAUUACGUCGCCGGCGUCGAACGCUCAAUUCGGGACUCCAAGCGUUCAGACACCGCCCGUGUCGUCGGCGAAUGUCUUCGGGAAGAAUAUAAUCAGCUCUGCGUCUACACCGUUUAGCAACACCUCGAGCUCUGUGUUCCCCAACCUGCCCGCCACAUCCUCCAACGCUCCUAUAUUCGGCGGCAGUAUGAAUUCUAUCUUCGGAUCAACCCCGCUCUCCUCUACCAGCGGGACUAUGUUCGGCGGUAACUCGACGGCGUUCGGCACAGCCCCAUCGGGGCCCCUCUUCGACAACAAUGCUUCGAAAUCCGAUAGUGGCAUAUUUGGUAGUGCAACGAACGUGGCAGCCGCUUCUCCGUUCGGCAGCGCGACCAGUAACACUUCGCCGGCGGUCGCAGGCGCUUCUCCAGCAGGCGCGAACGUCAUCAAGUCUUCUGCGACUUAUACGUCCCCGAUAGGGAUGGGAGCGCAACAACCUGUGCUAGGUACUCAACCUAUUUUCGGACAAGCUCCCGCCUUUGGCGCCAAACCGAUGUUCGGAUCACCACCUUCGAUGUUCGGCGCGUCGAAACCAGUUUUUGGGAGUGGCUUCGGCUCGCCUCCUUCGUUUGAGUCUCCUGGUAUAGGAUUUGGAGCUACAUCUCCCAUGCAAAGUGGCUCUACGAUGGAGAACGUCAUGCCAAAAGUAUUCGGAGAAGUAGCAGGCAGCAGUACAUUCGAAUCUUUAGCUAAUCAGUCGGGUGGUCUCAGUUUUGGCAGUUUAGCUCAAAAGAGCCCGGAAGCGGAGAAACCAGCAUUCACUGCCAGUAGUUCUUUCUCCAGUUGGAGGUGAACAAGGCACAGUUGCGGCAGGUCUAUCUUGAAAACUGUCAUACAACGGUCGCUGAAUAGGAGCUAAGAAUAAUUCAAAUUACAAUCAUGUGCAUAUUGUUUUAUAUUGAAAAGUGACUUUUUAUGACAAAAUUGCGCUCUGUUACGUCUUGUACACUUGAUUAAGAUACAGAACUAGGUUUUAUAAUAAAAUAUUUUCAUUCAAAUCAAGAUAAUCAGUCUCUCGAUUAAUAUUGCAAAUGUUUUCUCAGUUUUUGCUUUGACUUCACGCACUUCUUUUUGGAAACGAAUCUACAGUUCUUCUUCUUUUUUCAGUAUUUAGUUUUUUUUUUAAUAUAAUAUCUUUCUUCUCAACGAAUCGUAUAAUGCACGAAAUAUUAAAUUUUCGUAAGAAUAUGUAUAAAUUAACCAAAAAAAAAGAAAAGAAAGGAAAAAAUUAUAUACAAUGAUAAUGAUUAUAA